GCGUGCUGGAAUGUGCCUUAGGUACCCGAAAUCAUUACCCGAACACGCCUUUGCCACCUUGCAAGAUGACUCACAUCCGGUAUUCCGAGCCUUAUCUUCAUGCGUUCUUGAUCCAUUUCCUAACUUUCAUAGCCCCGGCCCUGCAACGUGCACUCGGAACAUAUUCGAAUCGCCCUUUCAGAAUGCACGCUGGCUCUCUCACUCUCUGCAACUACCAUGCCCGUCACUCAAACUCACAGGUUCAGCCAUUCAGAAGAGUUCGAGCAGCCCACCUACUUUUCCGCACCCGACGACGAGAUUCUGAGAGAUUGGCUAGAUACUGAUACUAUAGUCAAUUCUAUCACUGAUCUUUCUCCAGUUAACACUUUGAGUGAUCUAGCGGACAUAACACUUGAAGAAGAAGAGGAAUUCGAGGGUAAUUACUCUCCAAUGCCCCACAGCCUUCGAAGAGUUCUGACCCCACCUUUAGAGUGCGAUGAAUCCUCAGGCAGACGCAGAAGCAUACUAUUUGAGUCUUCCAUGCCUGCAAACCCAGGAAUGCCCUCUUAUUCGCGAUACCGCUCGGAGUACAUCCGGCCUCCAAUGCAUCGUGCACGCCAAAGCGUCUCAUCCAUCGCCUCUUCUUCGACAGUGUACACAAAAUCAGCUCCCGCUCCUGUAAAAUCUAUCCUCACUCGACAUGACUCAGGAAUAUCCCUUGCGACGACAACAAAGACAUCUCGCAGGAAAAAGCGGUCUGCUCCGUCGGUGAAGUUUGUUGAAGUACCAACGGUGUAUCAUAGCCAUCAUACCUAUUCACCAAUUCCUUCACCUCCUCAUUCCCCCUUGGCAACUCCGUCAGGUCAGAGCAAAAGCAAACCAAGUCGAUGGUUCGCACGGUGGUGGAAACCCACUGCACCUCCAAGACCAACUAUAUCUGGCCCAUAUAGCCUAGCCCAUACCGCAUCACUGGUUGAUGUGUAUAGCCAACGUUCCAAACCAACUCAAUGCGGGAGACUGAAGCGGUUCUGGGUACGUGUAACGAGCGUGGUUCAAUAGCGUCUAACUCCGCCUACACCGCGUUCUUCCCUUACAUGACGCCAUCGCUUCUCACCUCAUACGGGAGUGGACUUCUGCCUCGGACUUGUGGUUCUAGAGAGGAUGAUUAGAAAAGAUAUGAAUUUGAUGCUUAAGGUAUUAGCUAUGUCCACCCAUACGUAUA